CAUACCUAUAGUUAAGUCGUACCAUACCAUGACGAGUUUGGAGUGCCAUUACCAUCUGUCCAUCUCUACUUCUCUAGUAGUAGUACUUUGCCAUUGCGAACGGGUUACCGAAAUUUCUUCAUUGCAAGCGUCUACUUUCUCUCUCUCUCUCUCUCUCUCUCGUUGCCCCCGCAUACUCUCUGUCUUGGGCGCUCUCUGUCUCUGGUGGCGGCGAGUAGCAUACUCUCUGUCUUGGGCGCUCUGUCUCUGGUGGCGACGACUCGCCGCCGCCGCCGCCGCGAUAGGCCACGCCUCCUGGUCGCCAUUUCCGGAUCCUUACCGACGACGCGCACCCACCACCCCAUCUUUUUCCGUUCCUGCUGUGCGACACACAAACCCUAGCUGUAUCGGGUGGGCUGUGAAAUGGACCAAGCUGCAGAUUCCUCUGAACUGCUUCGUCGCAUCGAGGAGCUCCAGCGCGAAAAGGAUGAAAAACAGAAUUCUUUGGAACUAUUGUUAAGACGGAUUGAAGGGCUACAAUAUGAAAUGGAUGAAAAAGUAGAUCUUGUUGAAGUGUUAACUCGUCAAGUUGAAAAUCUGCAGCGAGAGCGUGAUGAGCUCAGAAAAGAUAUUGAGCAAUUAUGUAUGCAACAAGCUGGGCCUGGUUAUGUUUCUGUUGCAACUCGAAUGCUUACUCAGAGGACAGCAGCUUUGGAACAGGAUAUUGAGAACCUCCAGAAAAAGUUAGGUGGUUGCUUAAGAGAGAAUCAAAAUUUGCAAGAGGAGCUUGCUGAAGCUUAUCGAAUUAAGAGCCAGCUUGCUGAGUUACAUGGUGCUGCACUAUCAAAGAACAAGGAUCUUGAAAAGCAAGUAAGAUUUUUCCAGAGCAGUGUCGCUCAAGCGUUUGCUGAACGGGACAGUUCAUUAAUGGAGUGUGAGAAAGCAAAAGAGCGGGAAGAAGCAGUGUCAAGAAAGUUUGCUGAUUUUGAGGAAAGGAUGAGAGAAUAUCAAUCAGAGAUUGAUGAACAGAAACACUUAAAUGAUGACUUGCAGAGAGAACUGACAGAACUGAAGGCACAUACAGAAUUGUCCUUGAAAGUUAUUCUAAAAUUCUAUGACCUUCGUUGCAGAGACUCUGGAUGUUCUUCAAGCCUUACUAUUGAAGAGAAGUGUUCAAUCCUUCUUGGUGAUUCUGCUGACAAUUGGAGUUUUAGCUCUGAUGGCGGAACCUCAACUUUGAAGUACAUUGCAUCUUUAGAAGAGGAGAAAGAGUCACUUAAAGCUAAAAUAUCGAAGCUGCAAAGCAACCUAAGAAUGGGCCUUGAAAUUGAACAACAUUUGCAAAGAAAUGCACGAAUAUUAGAGAAAAGACAGGCACUGUAUGAUGGAUUCCUGAGAAAUGGAUUGUCCGAACUUCAAAAGUUCUACACAUGUCAAAAGGCUGAAAUUAUGAAAAUAUUGGAAGAAGAAUCGUUGCGGUUGAUGAAAGUUGUUGCAGAGAUUCAGGAUAAACUAACUGAAAUUUGUAUCAACACUGAAGUUAGUGACCACCCUGCCGAUGAGAUUCAAUGUUGUGACAGCAGUUGUAAAGAUGUGCAUGUUACUAAAGAUAUCAGUCCUAGCACAUGUCGUAAGAGUGAUUAUCCUGCUGAUCUUAACUCCGUGUCGUUUGAUGAAUCUAAAGCACUUGCACAAGCCUUACAGGAGAAGAUGGAAGCACUUAUGCUCUUCUCACAGGAACAAGAAAGAUACCUAUUAGAGAAACAGAGAGACCUGAUUGUUAUCGAGGAACUCCAGAAGAACUUAUCUCAAGUUAAAGAUGAAAAGGUGAAGGUCCUGAUGGAAUUAACAAAACUAAAAGAACAAUAUUUGCUAUUGAAGGGCAGCUCUGCUGUCAAGGAAGGUCAUGAUACUGGUGAUUCAUCUAAACUCAUUCCUGGGCAUGACCAACAAGGGAUGCUGAAGACUAUGCUGAAGAGGACAUCUUUAAGACACUGGAUGAGGAAAGAAAGUAAUACUAUUGGACAUGGGAGCUCUGAUGGAAAUGAUCAUACAGUUUGCAAAGAACAUUCAGUGGAUGUUGCAAGAUUAAGAGUUGAAAAUGCUAUGCUUCUUGAAGGUGUUGGUACUGUUGAGCAUCUCACUUCUUCAGUGCAUAGACUGCAUAUUGUGCUUUUGAAGGCAGGGCAGGAUUUUUUUUGGUUGUAUUACUAGGUGAUAACUUUCAUACCAACAAACAUGUCAGGCUUAUGAUGAUAUCAAGUCAGCUGAUCCUUUGGAGAGUACCUUUGAAGCGCUCAACAGUCUUAUAACUGAAGCAAACCUUAUGAAGACAGCUCUUAAUGUGGUUCUUCCUGUAAGCUGGUCCGGGGAUUCAUCAGAUGCAAUUAAAUAUGAAGCUAUGUGCGAUCCAUCUGAUUCACCUAAAUCGAAGUCUGGGAAAGUAGACCCGCUCUCUUCUGCAGGCAUGGAGAUGGUGGAGCUACUAAUAUUGGCUGCUGAGAUUCUCAAGGAGAGCUUUCUGGUGAAGAAAUAAGGCCUCCAUGUAAGGACGAGUAUGGCUCUCCUUGUUUGUUUAGAAGCAUGCAAUUUAAUCCUUAAUUUUUUUGGGUGUAUAUACUUAAACUGAUUGCUAAAAGUGCACUACUAGAUUAUUUCGGAUGUAGAGAAAGAGCCGAAUGUGCACUGUAAUUUACGGUUCGCUGCUAUUGAUGUGUCUUGUGUUGGUAGACUAAAGGAUUUAAGAGCCAUGUGUACAAAAUUCAGUUUACAAGCAAAGAUCAAAGGUGGAUGGAUGUUUGAUAUGCAUACGAAGUCUUCCUUUUACA